CAUAUAUUCUUGCCUCCCGGUCCGUUUCUGCCACAAACGAUAUUGGAGAGCCUUCAGAAUUCAAAAGCCUGAAGAGUAAUGCGAAGAAAGUACCUGUUGUAUCGCUUUUGGCUUUAGCAUUAUAUCUCGGGUGA